UAAUUUUAAUGAUAUAAGAGACAUUACUAAUGAUGUUGAUUUUUUUUACUUUAGCUAACUUUCAUUUGUUUUAAUUCCUAUAUAUACUUUUGUGACUUUUUAAGGUUUUUGUUUCAGUUUUAUAUUGAAUUUUGUUCACAUACUUUAUGUUUACGUAAUUUAUGUUGUAAAACAUAAUUUCUCAUAGAAAAAUUAAACUAAGAAAAAUCUAAUUAAGCGAUCCAAAAAAAUAAACCUAACCGAAUACAAACCGAACCGAAUACAAACCGAAUCGAAUAUAAAUCGAACCGAACACAAACCGAACCAAACUAACUAUGGUUUACUUCAGUUGAAAAAAUACUAGAACCGAACUAACCAAACCGAACCAAACCCGAACCGAACCAAGAAAAUAACCGAAUUGCCCACCCCUAUUUUGACAACUUAACGCUAAAUAAUAAAAAUGAAUUUGUCGGAAACACGUAUAUCAUAAUAGUAAGUGGGGAAAAAGAGUUGACAAAAAAAAAAAGUGGGGAAAAAGAAAUUAAGGAAAAAAUGGGAGGGGGGGGGGGUCAAAAGGAGCACUUAUGAGAGAGCGUGUCGGGGCCUGGCAUGCCAAUAGCCCAAUCUCCUCUCCACAUGACACCGUGGCCAAUCCUUUUUUUGUUAGGGUAUAUAUAUUUUAAAUUUUGACUGAAAAAUGUCUUUCAUAUUUUUGAACAAAAAAAAGUUAUCUUUUAUAAUUAAUCAGCCGACUAAAAUUAGUUGGUAAAUAAUAAAUUAGUAGUAGGACUAGUAAAUUACCAAACUGUAGAGAAAUUUUUUUUUGGAGGAAAUGUGGAUAGAGCCACAUAUCGAAACAGUAAUAAUGGGUCGUCCGGCCCAUUUGUCACCGUCCGAUAGGUUAUAUCAUAUUCAACAUCGCUCACCUCCUUUGACUCUCUCUCUCUCUCUAGUAGAAGAACAAGAACAACUCUCUCUGCUGCUUGCUGUACUUUGUUAUCUUACUUGUCUCAUUUUUCCUCAAGCUCCUUAUAAAUCUUCUUCUUAUUCUUCUUCAUUUUCCUCUACCUUUUUUUCUUGUCAGCUGAAGAGACCAGAGAGAGAGAGAGAGAGAGAGAGAGAGAGAGAGAGAGAGAGAGAGAGAGAGAGAGAGAGAGAGAGAGAGAGAGAGAGAGAUUUAAUGGUAUGAGGCCGUUUCACUGAAAUCGAUUCUCCCUAAAAAAUCUUUCUCACCAGUUCGAGAUAUAGAGAGAUAAAUUGUAUUUUAAGGAAAAUAGUUUGUGAGGAUGACUAUGGCUGGUGGGAACGAAGUCAACUUAAACGAAUGCAAGGAAUAUAAUUCUUAGCCAUGUCCCGUUUUGUUUUUCUCAUUGAUGAAGAUGAUCAUCAUCAUGGAUUCAUUGAGAAUAGUGCCACUCAACACAUGGGUCCUCAUUUCCAACUUCAAGCUCGCUUACACCCUCCUCCGCCGUCCCGACGGCUCUUUCAACCGUCACCUCGCCGAGUUUCUCGACCGCAAAGUUCCCUCCAACUCUUUCCCCCUCGACGGUGUAUUCUCCUUCGACCACCUCGACUCCACCUCCAACCUUCUCACCAGAAUCUACCUCCCAGCUCCCCUCGAUCCCUCCCGCUACGGCGCCGUCGACUUAACGGAGCCUCUCAGCACGCCGGAGAUCGUCCCUGUUUUCAUCUUCUUCCACGGUGGUAGCUUCACCCAUUCCUCCGCCAACAGCGCCAUCUACGACACUUUCUGCCGACGGUUAGUCACUAUCUGCGGCGUUGUUGUCGUCUCUGUUGACUACCGGAGAUCGCCGGAGCAUCGUUACCCUUGCGCUUACGACGACGGGUGGAAUGCUCUCAAAUGGGUCAAGUCCAGAGUCUGGCUUCAGAGUGGUAAAGACUCCAAUGUUUAUGUUUACUUGGCUGGAGAUAGCUCUGGUGGCAACAUUGCUCACAACGUUGCUGUGAGGGCAACCAACGAAGGAGUUAAAGUUCUUGGGAACAUUCUUCUUCAUCCCAUGUUCGGUGGAGUGGAGAGGACUCAGUCCGAGAAGAGACUUGAUGGCAAAUACUUUGUCACUGUUCAAGACCGAGAUUGGUAUUGGAGAGCUUAUCUACCUGAAGGUGAAGAUAGAGAUCAUCCAGCUUGUAAUCCCUUUGGUCCUCGUGGUCAGAGCCUUGAAGGUGUCACCUUCCCCAAGAGUCUUGUUGUUGUUGCUGGUUUGGAUCUUGUUCAGGAUUGGCAAUUGGCUUAUGUCGAUGGUCUCAGGAAGACUGGUCAUGAUGUUAACCUUUUGUAUUUGAAGCAGGCGACCAUUGGGUUUUACUUCUUGCCUAACAAUGAUCACUUUCAUUGUCUUAUGGACGAGUUAAAAAAGUUUGUGCACUCCAUAGAAGAGGAUAGUCAAAAGCAAGCCAAGUCCUAUUCUUCUGAGUCUAUAGCAACAUGAGGGUCUGCUCAUGUUGCUGCAAUAUAUAUAUAUCUAUGAUGGGUUUUCUUGUACAGUUUCCAAAAGUAUUGUGUAGUGCUAAGUCACGUUUUUAUGUGUUCGUUGGUCUCCUGAAGCAUCAUAAGAUGUGAGAGGUUGUUGGUUGCACUGGAAGCAAAAACCAAUUCGGUUUGUCGGCAUAUAUCGGUUCAGGGCUAAACCGGGAGAUUGUACUUUGCUUGGUAGUAGUACUAGGACGUAGUCUUUAAUUGGCUCUAAAGUACAGACGGUAAAUUUACAAGACAACUAACUUGUCUUCAAUAUGUUGUGGAAAAGAAAACUUAUCCUGGUACGGAUUUGUAUGUUUAUAUUAAUUAUGCUUUUAAUAGAAAGAAUAUGUAGUUGUGUGGUUCUA